AUGGCCCCUCCAAUCUCCAUCAAAGAGCAAGAAGUCCGCUCUCCAUCAUGUCAACUAAAGAUCGUCAUCGUCGGCGCGGGCCUUGCGGGUCUUGGGUCUGCGAUCAGUUGUGCGCUCGCUGGACAUGAAGUCCAGGUCCUCGAAGCGACACGAGAAAUCAGAGAAGUCGGCGCUGGUAUCCAGAUUCUACCCAACAGCUCGCGUGUACUCCAACAUUGGGGUCUUGAAAAGGCUCUUACGCCACACAUGACGAUUCCUCGGGUCUGCAAUUUCCUGGGAUGGAAGGGCAAUCACAUUUCGUCCUUGGACUUCCACGCAUCGGAGAGUAACUACCCGGGAACUUGGUAUCGCGACUUCCACCGUGCGGAUUUACAACAAUGUCUGGUCAAAAGAGCGCUCGAGUUGGGGGUCAAUAUUACCUGCAAUGCUCGUGUAACGGAUGUGACCGUGAGCGAAGAUGGGACCACAGCUACUGCUACCGCAGCGGAUGGGAGGCAAUGGAUUGGAGAUCUUGUCAUUGGGGCGGAUGGAGUGUUUGGAAAAUUGACGGAGGGAUUACUGGGUCGAGUCGACCCUCCGGUGAAGACUGGAGAUCUCGCAUACCGCUUGCUGUUGUCAACGGAAGAGAUGCGGAAGGAUCCUGAUCUUGCGGAAUUGGUGACAGAUCCCCAGGUCAACUACUGGUUGGGUCCGGAUGCUCACGCAGUGAAUUAUGUCCUUCGAGGCGGAGAGCUGUUCAACAUGGUACUACUUGUCCCCGACGAUAUCCCAGAAGAAUCAUUGGCAUCGACCAUCGAAGGAAAUGUGGAAGAGAUGUGUGCUUUGUUCAAAGACUGGGAUCCUCGCAUCCCCAAACUCUUGAAGCUCUGUGAGUCUGUCCAGAAAUGGCGACUUUGUAUCCGAUUCGGAGACUUUGAUUGGACCCACCCAUCCGGGGCGUUUGUGAUGCUGGGCGAUGCAGUCCACGCUACAUUGCCGUACUUGGCCUCUGGUGCUGGAAUGUCCUUCGAGGAUGGAGCAGUUCUAGGCGAAUGCCUCUCUCGACUACCGAAUAGCCCCGGCAUCUCCAAGACCUCAGCCGAGUUCCUGACUGCAAAGCAACAAGCUCUUGCUAUCUUCCAAGAGUGUCGUAAGCAGCGAACGAAGAUGAUUGUCGAGCGGGGAAAUAUCCAACAGUAUCUUUAUCACCUCCAUGACGGCGAUGAACAGGAAGAAAGAGAUCGCAAGAUGCAGAUGGUUCCCACGCCCGAGGGAGAAGCAUUGGCUUGGCGAGAUCCCGGUUUGGCACCUAAAUUGCUGGGAUAUGACCACAUUGCAGACGUCGAUCGUCGGUGGGGCAAAUCAAUAGGAACUAGCGUCGUUGAGUCGAGACUAUAG